AUGGAAGAGGUAUUAAUAUCACAAGAUUAUUUAGAUCAUUUACAAAGAGAAGAUGAUUGUAGCACUUCUACAACAUUACAAAGAAGAUCUGGUGUUUGGGAGUUUUUUGAUUAUGAUAAACAAGAAUCUAAAAAUGGUCAUCGUUGGGCUACUUGUUUUAAAUGUAAUAUGCAUUGGAGUCAGGGUAGACCUGUUGAACUUGAAGAGCAUAUUGCUUUAUAUUGUACAACUCAAGUAAAAGAAAUAAUUCAAUUUUAUUCUCAGAUUGUUGCUAAACGAAAAGGCAAAGGUAGUCAAGCAGUGUCUUCUAAUGUAAUACAGGGAAUAGAACCAACUAAAAAAAAAAGGAAGGCAGCAACAAAUCAAACAUUAUUGAGUGACUUUAUAGAAAGUACAAAACUAACUUCUCAACCUAGUAUUGCAGGUCGUUUAUGGAUAAAAAUGGGAAGUAAAAAUAGAACCAAACUUGAUUUACUUAAAGCACAAUUGCGUCAAUAUGCUUGUAAUGAAACACCAUACAAUGAAACUUAUGUUACAAAUAUUGAUACUCCUUUACAUUGGUGGAAAACUUCUGCUUUGGUAGCUGAAACUAAUGAUGAUUUAGAAGAAUUUGAUUCAAAUAGUGAGGAAAAUGAUGAAAAUGAUGAUAAUGACACAGAUAGCAAUAAUGAAGAUAAUGAAUUUGAUGAAGAUGAAUUUGGAGCAGCAUUUGUACAAAGUUUACAGAAUGAAUAG